ACAAUAAAAAACUAAUUCUCUUUCAUCCACAGCCCCUCCUCUCCUUUCAUCUUCUCCUCCGCUAGUGGGCAUUAAUGGAGCUUACCAAAGCCCUUGAAAAACUUAUCAAAAAAUCAUGAAGUGAUGAGUGGGAGGGAAAGGGGUGGUGCACUCUAGGGCGAAGCAGCGGUGCUCGUGGAGAGGAGGCAGCACCUCUACUCCUUGGAGUUAGCAGCCACAAAAUCACAACAAUGCCCACUGCUCUAAUGACUAUUGCAUCAGGGCAAGGUGUUAAAACAAUUGUCAAGAAAAUGGAGAAUGUGAUUGAACAAGAUGUAGAAUAUUAUUCUGCUCAGAAGUGUGACUCCCAACUGAAUGAAGAUAUCUGUCCAGCUUCCUUUUCUGAAGAUGCUGCUGUAUUUCAGCACGGUUCCAACCUGCUCUCGCCAAAACAAAAACUUGUUCAUAAUGAAGCUGCAGAUCAGGCUCUUCUUUCUAAUUCGUCUGCUAGCUCUUGCUGUAGCUCCUCUGAUAUAUCUGCCAAGGAAGGUUUUGAUUGUUCAACAUUAUCACCAGAGUUUGAUUCUGAAUCUUACAGCUCAUCUCCUGAUGGAUGCCAAAAAUCAGCCUUAAGUGGGGUGCAAAUGUCCUUGCAAGAAAACUAUUUGAAGAUGGGGACCAAACUGCCAGGUAAGAACAAAAAUUAUGGUAUCAACCAAAGAGAAGACAGGGAGUAUGAAAUGGUGCUGAAUAGUAUUAUGGAUGAGGAACAUAAGCCCAGUGUUUCUGACAAAAAACUCCAGUUCUCAGAAGAAGAUAUACAGGGAUUGAGAUAUGAACUUGAGAGAAAUGAAGCAGUUUCCAAGCUUAUAGUUUUCCUGAAAGUGCAGCUUGAUUCAGCUAGAAGUGAGGUCACGAUGCAAAAGGAUGAUCAUGAAAUGGGCAAAAUAACUGUCCAGGAACUGCAAAAGCAAGUAGCUCUGCUAGAAAGUCAGUUAUUAAACUCCGAUUACAAGAUUGAGACAUGGGAAAGUGAGUUAGAAAUUACGAGAGAAAAGCUUGAGGCGUCAGAAGAAGAAGUUGCAAAGUUAAAGCAUGAUUGUUCAAAAGUGAUCACCGAGAACACUUGCUAUUUAGCUGAUCAGCUUGAAUUAACUCAGGAAGAGUUAAUCUUGCUAAAGGGCAAACUUGAUUCUGAGGAAAGACAUGCCUUGGAACUACAGAAGAGCAUUAUGAGGUACAAAGCUGACAUAUCAGAUCGCGACCAAGAGAUCAGGAGAAUCAAUGCUGUACUAGAGGAGGCACAACAAAACUUCUGCAUGCAAAAAGAACAGUUCCAGUCUCAAAUGACUAGUUUGUCUGGAGAGCAGACCGUGCUAGAGGCAAGGAUUGAACAGUUGGAGAUGCAAAACAGAUCAUUAGAACGUAAGGUGAGUCAAUGUGAAGCUCAGAAGAUUGAAAUGAAAACUUUGCAUGAGGUACAAGAAAUCAAAUGGAAGGCUGAAAGUGAAUGCUUGAAAAUGGAAAUAAAUAAGAAAGGUGAAGAAGUCCAAGCUUUGAAUAAAGACCUUGACAAGCUUAAACUGGACUAUGACACACUAGUGGCAGAGAAAGACGAGGUUCACGCUAAGGUACAGACACUUGGCGCAGAAGUGAUGUCCCGGGAUGUCCAAAUCCAAGAAUUGGAGGAUCAUGUGAAGCAGCUGAUUGAAGGAUCUGAAAGUGCUCAGAAAUCAAUAGAAGAACUAAGACUAAGAGCGGUGGAGUUGCAGAAUGAAGUGGAGAGACAAACAUUGGUAAUCUCAGAUAGAGCUGAGGAGAAAAGGGAGGCUAUACGGCAACUUUGUUUCUCACUGGAGCAUUACAGAAAUGGAUAUCAGGAACUCCUCCAGGAUUACGUGCAGCGUAGAAGGCCAGCAAUUAUAGCUGCCUAGUUCACUUAGUAUCUUCAUUAUUUUGUUUCCUAAAAGCCUACCUAUAUGCUUAAGAAGUUUGGAUUCUUUAAAUUUCAUUGUUACUUUUGUGGUAUUGUGUUGUAUUUAUUAUCUGGGAUGCUUUUGCAUCGAUGCUUAUACCAAAUGUGGAUGCUUCUAAAUGUAUCUCUAUUUGAAUAUUCAGGUAGUACUCAAUACCAGGUGAUACAUAGUCAUGUAAGCAAUGUGAAGUUCCAAAAUGCACAACACACUACUUACUGUUGAA